UAGGCAUUGAUUGUUUGCAUACAAAUACUCCACCAAUUAUACACCGACAAAUUAACCCUGGCAAUAUUAUGAUUAAACACGAUCCCGAUGCCGGUACUUUUGUUAAGUUGGGUGGUUUUGGUUUGACUACAGAGCACAUUGAUGAUGAUCAAUCCCAUACCCAGUGCUCGGGUGUAGACGAGUAUUUGGCGCCUGAGGUCCGUCAGGGGCGCCGAUACGACACAAAGUGCGAUAUGUAUAGUCUGGGCGUUACUGUUCAACAUAUGUUUAAUUUUGAUGCCAACACUUUGUUUCAAACUGAACAAGAAUUGGACACAAAUUACGAGAAGAUAAAGAAACUAACGUUACGUCUAUUAAAUAACGUACGAAACGGUCGUCCGUCGGCUCAGGACCUCAUUAUUAGACACAAUGAAUGGUCGAUCCCUUACGCGUCCGUUAGGGCACACAUACUGGCCGUCAUUGAACCCAACGCUUCAUAUGAUAUCGACAGACAAUUUGUUCAAUACUUU